UCACUGAACCUCAACUCCAGUACUGAUACGGUUAAAGGCAACGACUCCGGUAGUCGUGGAUCUCACACCUCAUCUAAUAUCGGGGGUUACAGACAAGUGUUUGUAUUGUCCGGUCGGCGCCGCAAGAAGAGCAAGACAUACAUCAUCGGUAACGACCCGUUCGACAUCUCUCGCGGCAAUUGUAUCGCAAAACUUAAAUCCAAUGUUUUGGGGACACAAUUCACGGCACUCAGGAUUAUGAACCAAAGCGGUCAAAGACAAGAAAUUUCUACCAUCAUAUAUGAAACAAAUGUACUCGGAUUUAAAGGUCCCCGAAGAAUGACCGCUCUUAUUCCUAAAUAUGACCAGAUCAAUGCUCUGAAGAACUCAUCUGUUUUUGAGGAAUGGAAGCGAAAUAAUAAAGCAAUCCUUCAAUUGAAGAAUAAGACUCCCGUUUGGAACGACGAGACGCAGUCAUAUGUGCUUAACUUCAGGGGUCGGGUAACGCAGGCGAGUGUCAAGAAUUUCCAAUUAGUCACAUGUCAUGAAAGGGAAGAU